AUGCCACUCGAAAUCCACCGCUGCAAGGAACAUGACAUUCCCGAGUUUGUGCGCAUCCAAAUGGGUGCCUUUGCGGGCGGCGGCGGCAUGACAAAGAUCCUCAUGCCUAACCCCACACCACCCGACUACGCAGAGAAGCUCAUCGAGAAGAACCUCAAAUCGAUGCGCAAGGAGAAGGAUGUCGUGUACCUCAAAGUCAUCGAUACUGACAUCCUCAAUGGAAAGAUGAUCGCCGCCGCAAAGUGGCGCAUCAACAAGAAGGAGCGAACAGAAGAGGAGGUGCGAAAAACGUUGCCAGUGCCUGGGCCAGAUGAGGAGGGCAAACCGGCGGUGCAGGACUUUUGGAACUUCUUGGCGAGGGUGAGAUGGGAAUACAUGGGGACAAAGCCCUUCUUCUUUCUGCACAUCUUGGUAACGGAUCCAGAGCACUACAGACGAGGCGCAGGUGCAAUGCUGAUCCGUUGGGGUACCGAACAAGCUGAUGAGGCGCGGCUUCCUUGCUUCCUGGAAGCAACGCAGAUGGGGAAGCCGCUGUACUUGAGGGAAAAAUUCGAACCGAAGCACGACGAACAUUGGGAUUUGAGCAAAUACGGGUUGCAGGGAACUGAUACAUCCACCAUCAUGAUAAGACCGGCGUCUACGUUGGCGUAAGUCAUGUAAGAACCUGGAUAGCCUCAAUACAGUCUCGGAGAUGCUGAA